GGGGCAAACGACGCUGGAGAAUGCCAGAAAGAUCGACGCAGACAAGGAAGGCGCCGUUAGGCCCCUGUUCGCAACGACAGCAAGGGGCUUGAUAUAUUUAUACAGUGGCAGCAUAAGGGAGAUCGAGGACAAGUACGGACGCCUCCCGUUGCAUUUGGCGGCCGCCUAUGGCAACGAGGAGAUGGUAGGGGUGCUGCUGGAUCCGUACCAAAUGAGGAGCCGUGGGGAACUAUGGCCUCACAUAAACCACCAAGACAAACAGGGAUUCACGGCCCUGCAUUACGCUGUGGAGCAAGGGUACCAUGACGUCGCCAUCAUGCUGCUGUGCAACGGAGCCGACCCACAGAAUUUGGACCUUGAGUCAAGGAACGCCUUCCAG